AUGAGCACAUAUCUUAAUCAAGCUCAGCAUGUCCUGCUGUGUGAUUGUCAAAAUCCGGUUGAAUUUUCUUGUAAACGGUGUCAGGUUCGAUUAUGUGAGGCAUGCUUGCCGGUACAUACACGACUCAAAACGGAAAACGGACACGCCAUUGUUGAAUAUUUUACAGAAGACGACGAAGAUAACGAAUGUUCUUGUGCUUUGCAUCCUGAAUUCGAUCGUGGAGCAUUUUGUGAAACCUGUGGAAUUCCUGUUUGUCUGCUUUGCGUGUCAUUUGAUCACAAAAGUCACGUGAUAUCAGAACUGACGAAUAAAAUACCAGAGCUUCUUGAGACUGUUACGCGGGAAAAUCUGAGACUUGAAUCAUUAUCAAAUUCUUAUGAAAGAGCUUUACAGUACAUCAAUACAAGGAACGAAAACAUAGAAGAAAACUACCAAAAAAUGACAGACAAUGUUAAGCAAAGGUUAGUGUUCUUGAAGCAAGAGAUUGAAAAGGCUGGUGAACAACUACUCACCGAUCUAAAAGAGCUCGAAGAAGAGCACAAGGAUAAAAUGGAAAAACAACGAGUGGAGGUUGUAGACAAAUUAGACCAAUUAAGAAAAUUCCGAAGUAAAAUCCCAACGAAGCAGAAUAUAAAUAGUGCAUUAAAACUGCUGAAACUGGGAAAAGACUUGGAAGAGUUCAACAGUUUACCGCAAAUAGAAGAUGCGACAAUGCCAUCCAUCAUAUCAAGAUUUGAAGUUGAAAAAGAACUACGGAAAUAUUUUGGAAACCUUGCUAUACCGGAGCACUUUCAGGUCUAUCUACCAGAAACUGAAUCCACUAAAGGCAUACUGACUGUUUUGAAUCCACCCCAGCUUUCUGCAACCGUAGAUACCAAGUUUCCUCCUCGAUUAAACCAAAAUCGAUUGUUUGAUCUGGUAUUUAUGCGUGGACACAAAUUUUGGGCUGGGGGUAGUGUUCAGAAACUGAAAUUGUUUGACUUUAAUGGAAAUCUUCUUGAUAUCAAGCCAAUUGAAAGUGAAUGCGGUCUUUACUUGACUCUUCAUAAAGGAAAGUUGGUCUUCAACAACUACAUGUUCAAUCGAUUGGACGCGAUCGAAAAUGACGCAGGACAAACCACUUCUACAUGCAUCAUUGACUUUGGCGUCUGCUGCACGGGAUGGUCAGCUUCCGGUAUUGCAAGCACACGAGCAGGGGACUUCCUGGUUUGCAUGAAACAAAAUGAAAAGUUGAUGAAGAUUGUUCGAUUCAGUCGCCAUGGAAAAACAAUCCAAGAGAUACAGUUCGAUUCCAAAAAUCGUCCACUGUACAAAAAGCUAGUUUACGUUGCCGAAAAUGGAAACGGAGAUGUCUGUGCAGCGGACUGGGGGAGGAAAGUCAUAGUUGUGGUAGACGAGUCGGGGCAGUAUAGAUUUACCUACCGUGGACACCUGAAGGAGGACAGUCUUGUCGGGGGUUCCCUGACCACGGACAGUCUCUGUAACAUAAUUGUCGCUGACUGCCUUGGGGAUAAGAUUCAUGUCAUUAACAAGGACGGGUUUUUCUUGUGGUACAUAAUUGUGCCCGAAUUGGACAGUCCCCGGGCGCUGUCUGUGACGGACGAAGGGGAACUUCUUGUGGGAGAGUGUCGAAGUGGACUCGUCAAAUGUAUCAAAUAUUUGAAGUAAUAGUCCUUUGU